AUGGUUGACGAGCCGGGCGCCGCGAGGACGCACCGUGCGUCGCCAUCGCAUAAGAAGGCACCCAUUGUAGACAACUUCGUGCUUAUGUUCCACAACAAAGGCGACUCUGAGCCUGCCUACCUGAGCGCUGACCCUGCUGCUUCCCUGACCAGCGAAGCGGCAUUUCGACAGAAGGUGCGAGACUACUUGGACCAGAUUGACGAACUACGUCGCGAGAUUACAGACAAGUACCACGCAAAACAGCUGACUGAGGACAAGCUGGACGCUCUGCUGUUCGAGUUGCGCGUCCAAUCGCGGUUUAAUGCGUUGAAUAUCAAGAAGCGUCAGACCAUCAAGGUAAACCUGCAGCGGAAGUUGCUGCUGUGCGAGAAAAUUUACGUGCUGACAAUUCGGCUGCAGAAGCUCUACAUCGAUUUGGCUGAGCUUGUAGACAGCCGUGCUGCGCGCUGCAUUGAGCAGCAUCGCACUUCGCGGCUCUGUGCCACUGCCCUCUACGAGUACAAGAAACGUGUUGCAUCUUCUUAG